CCUUCAUUUACUUCAAUACACUUGGCCACUUUCUCUUACCAAAAUUUCUUUCUCCUUUCCACACUUCUCCAUUUAUUAUAACAACAACACAACCAAAAUUGAAAAACCAAAAAAAAAAAAAAAAAAAAACAUUUUUAGUUCAAUUUUUUCCCUCUUCUAAUGGAAAAUGUUGAAAUUCCUGAGUAUUUUAUAUGUCCAAUUUCUCUACAAAUCAUGAAAGAUCCCGUAACGAUCGUUACCGGUAUCACGUAUGAUCGCGAUAGUAUCGAACGUUGGCUUUCCAAAAACCCUAAUAGUAACGCCAUUUGUCCGGUAACGAAGCUACACGUGUCACGAGAUUCAAACCUAACACCAAACCACACUCUCCGUCGUUUGAUUCAAUCGUGGUGUGUAUCGAAUGGAUUCAACGUUGUUGAUCAAGUCUUGACUCCGACUAAGCCUCCGUUAAGCAAAUGCUACAUCCUCAACCUCGUUCUUGAUCUCUCCGUCCCCAGGACGGAGAAUAUCAAGACGUUAGAGAAGUUAGAGAUGUUAGCUAAGGAGAAUAAUGAGAGAAACAAGACAUACAUGGUUGAAGUUGGAGUUCAUGAAGCCCUAGUUAAUUUCUUGAUCCAAUGUUACAUGAAAUGUGACACUAAUGGCCUUGAAAAUGCCCUAAGUACACUUUCAUUAAUUUGGGAUUAUUUUUCAUCUUGUCAUGAAAAUAAUAAAGUCGAAAAUCGCGAAGAGAUAUUAAUAGAUUCAAUAACAUGGGCGUUAGGUCUUGAUCGCGACAUGCAAAACUAUGCAAUGAUCAAGAACCACGCGAUGAGCCUAUUGAGAUCUAUCAUUGGGAAGGCGAAUUCAAGCACAUUGGAUAGACUAAAACCCCAAUUAUUCGAGAAAAUAAUUAAGGUUUUACGCGAGAGUGGUAGUAAUACUAUCACUAUCGCGCAAAAAGGAGUUGACAAUGCUUUACACAUCAUCCUAAACACUAGUCAUUCGGGCAAGAACCGGAACAUUAUGAUUCAAUCAAGGGCAAUUUUCGAGCUCAUUGAGCUCGAACUCAAUUUUUCAUCAAAUAAAAAAACUAAAGAGCUUAUUUUUGAGAUAUUAUUCAAUUUAUGUUCUUGUGCUGAUGGUAGGGCACAACUUUUAAGUCAUGCUGCUGGAAUUGCUAUGAUUACAAAGAGGAUUUUGAAGGUUUCUCCAAUUGUAGAUGAAAAAGCUAUAAUGAUUCUUUGUUUGAUUACAAAAUAUUCAGCAACAAGUGGAGUUCUUCAAGAAAUGUUGAAAGUCAAAAGUGUAUCAAAGAUUUGUACUGUGAUACAAGCUAAUUGUGCUUCACAUGUAAAGGAUAAAGCAAGGGAACUAUUAAGAAAUCAUUUUGAUGUUUGGAAGAAUUCACCUUGUGUUGAAGUUGCCACCUUAACAAGGUAUGCUUAAUGAUAAUCAUUACAAUACUUUUUUUUUUGUUUUAGAUGUUUUGUAUCUGAUUUGUAACUCGACUAAUAAUCUGGUUCACACUGGAAAAUCUCACUUUGGGUGACUUCUACAAUUUUUUUCAUCUGGUGUCUGGUAUUCGGUUUGAGGCUUGAUUAAUCGGUCUCAUAUUGGAAAAUUCCAUUUCGGGUGAUUGUUACAUGAUCCUUUUUUAUUUUAGUUUUCCAUUAGGUGUCGAGGCUCUAAUUUGAGGACUAUCUGAUCGUGAUUUGAGUGGGGAAAUCUCUGGUGUUCAAUAUUUGUUUUGGAGUUCGACUAUAUUCAAAUUUUACAUAGGAAAAUCUCACAUUGAAAGGUAAAAUGCUACCUAAUAGAGACGACUUUAUUUUCGAGGCUAAAAUAUGAGAUUUAUGAUUAAGGGGGAAGGGUAUUACUUAUCAUCCUACAACCUUUGAUGGUGAUCAAAAAUUAUAAAUUUGUAUUACUAAGGUAAUAACCAAACAACUUUCUAAAGUUUUCUUGAUAUAAUCUGUUAAUGUUAGUGGUUGAAAUAAUUUGCAAGUUAUAAAUGAAUCCAAUUGUAUAGAUUGCUUAUAGACCAAAUUUCAAAUCUUUUUUAGUAGAUCUAUUAGUUUAAUCUCUUGUAUUCAAACAAUCUUGACUUUAUUUGUUGCUCAAUAAAUUUGUAGGGCUCAAGGUAGAUACA